AUGCAGUUCCUGAAGCCGCGCACCGUCCGCCUCUACCCCAAACUACGGCGAUGGAUCUUGACGGACGCCGCGAGCUCCGGUCCUGGCCUGCAGCCGCUCGCUCUAGCCCUCAACAAGCGCCUCGCCGACGACGCUGGGAAGAGCAACAAGAACCUCGUCUUCUCGCCGUUGUCCAUCUGCGCGGCGCUAUCGCUGGUGGCCGCCGGCGCCCGCGAGCGCACCCUGGCGGAGAUGCUCGACGUCCUCGGCGCGCGGUCCCGGGACGACCUUGCCGGGUCAGUCCGCGCGCUGGCGGAGCAGGCCCUCGCCGACCAGUCAUGGGCCGGCGGACCUCACGUCAGCUUCGCUUGCGCCGUGUGGCACGACAAGACGAGGCCCCUCAAGCCCGGCUACGCCGACGCCGCCGUCAAGUCCUACAAGGCGCAGACGUGCGCCGUCGACUUCCACGAGAAGCCCAAGGAAGCUGGGGAGCAGAUCAACGCAUGGGUGGCGGCGUCGACGAACAAGCUCAUCCCCUCAAUCGUUGAUCCAGAUACACUGUCCAACCAGACCGACCUCGUCGUCGCCAACGCCAUCUACUUCAAGGGCAAGUGGGACAAGCCGUUCGACGAGGAAGACACCAAGGAGGACAAGUUCCACCGCCGUGACAGCAGCACCAUCGACGUGCCCUUCAUGCGAGGCUGGGGCAAGCAGCGUAUCGCGUGCCACGAAGGCUUCAAGGUGCUCCAGCUUCGUUACCAGAGAGGCCUGCCGUCGCCCACUCAGCCGCCGGCACACUACUCGAUGUGCAUCUUCCUCCCCGACGACCGUGAUGGGCUGUCGCAGCUGACCGACAGGAUGGCGGGCGACCCUGACUUUCUACGCGAGCACUUGCCGACGAGCACCGUCUUGGUUGGCGACUUCCGUCUACCCAAGUUCAAGCUCGCGUUCGAUACCGAGUUGGCCGGUGUUUUUCACGACUUGGGACUCAAGGACGCUUUCGACCCGGAGAAGGCCGACUUCACAGACAUGGCGGAGGGCGCCGGCAGGCCCUUGGCGCUGGAGGAAAUGCUGCACAAGGCUGUCAUCGAGGUGAACGAGGAAGGCACCGAGGCGGCCGCUGUAACGGCAGCCCUCAUGUUUGGAUGUGCGUCUGGCUACCCGCCGCCGUGCGUGGACUUUGUCGCUGAUCAUCCGUUUGCCUUCUUUGUGAUGGAGGAGGCCUCGGGUGCAAUCAUGUUCGCAGGGCACGUCCUUGACCCAUCAAGUGAGUGAUGAUACUCACGAUCGAACAUGGCCUUCGCAGGCUCAGGAAGUCAGGAUAUAGUAAUAUCUACUAGCAAGUAGUAUGAAUUCGUAAUUAGGUGCGCUACAAUUGCCAUUUCGUUUCCAUAUACAAAGUUAAGUUAAUUCCCUGGUCUAUAUAGAUAGCUUGGUCCACAUGUGGGA